AUGACCUCAGCCCCUGCCACCAAUGGGGUGUUUGUGGUCAUCCCUCCGAAUAAUGCCAGUGGUAUCCGACCAGGUCCAGCGAUGUUGCCCAGGACCCUGUGCCAGUCUCCUGGGGCAUUGCAGUUUGAAGAGACACCCCUGGGGGCACAGCCUUCUGGGAGUGUGCCACAUCAGAGACUUCCACCAGCAGAAACAUUCCUGAAUGGGGAGCCCAAGGCCUUAGGGACGGUCCAGAUUUUGAUCGGCCUCAUCUACAUCAGCUUCGGCAGCGUCCUGCUCAUGUUUCGGAGAGGCUACAUUGGCAUGUUGUUCAUCGAUGGAGGGAUCCCCUUCUGGGGAGGCGUGUGUAGGUCCAUGGUUUUCCUGCCCAAUGCCUUCAGCACAGACUUCAACAUCCCCAGCCCAGCAGCUACCCCACCGCCUGCUUAUGACAACGUGGCCUACACUUCCAAGGAGACCUCCGAGUAG